AUGUGGAUGUUUUCCUUGCAGAGGAGAUAUCUGCACUCCUCGUUGUGUUUGAUGAAGAAACUGAAGGGUAAGACGCCAGCGGAGCAGCGCUGGCUCCGACGGCAGCUUAAAGACCCGUAUGUCAAAGCUUCCCAGGCCCAAAACUUUCGAUGCAGGAGCGCCUUCAAGCUUCUAGAGAUAGAUGACAAGUUCAGGCUCUUACAGCCUGGAUACACUGUGGUGGACUGCGGAGCUGCUCCUGGAGCCUGGAGCCAGGUGGCAGUCCAGAGGGUCAAUUCAGCUGUGACAGAUCCAGAGUUGCCUCGUGGUAUGGUUGUUGGCAUUGAUUUGCUGAACAUACCGCCUCUGGAUGGUGCUCACUUCCUGUCCAGUUGCGAUGUCACAGACCCUGCCACACAUGCCAAGCUGUUGGAGCUUCUUCCCCACGGCAAGGCUCAUGUCAUCCUGAGCGACAUGGCACCCAAUGCCAGCGGUUUCAGAGAGAUGGACCACGAGAGACUCAUCACAAUGUGUUUGUCUUUGAUAGACUUGGCUGAGAAAAUUUUACAGCCCCAGGGUUCUCUUCUUUGUAAAUACUGGGACGGGAUCCUUGCUCAUAAACUGCAGGAAACGCUCUCAAGUGUGUUCAGUAGUGUUCGGACUUUAAAGCCAGAUUCCAGCAGAAAAGACUCAGCUGAACGAUAUUUCCUUGCUAGAAUGUACAGAAGGCCAAUAAAGUGAUGUUUAAUUAUGGAGUGUGUGCUCCGUUCAGUCUGAGCAUGACGAAGGGGCUGUCUUAGUGGCUGUCAUCAAAAGAUGGCACUGUUGAGGCAUCAGUAAGGAUGACUGCUCCAGGCACAGAAGCAAACACAUUAAACACUCUGAUGCUGGCUUUUAAGCCCUGCAAACUUAACACAGCAGCAGUGAAUCAGUAAUAUGUAAACCUAUGCAAGAAUCAGUUUGAUAUUCCUCAAGAGCCCAAUGCAGUGCUUCUCUGAAGUUAUUGUUUGCCCCAAGUGUUUGUUCUACACACUCAGACUGGUAUUUGCUUUGUUACAGAAAGUCAUCUACCAGUGGUGCUUAUGCUAAUAAUUUGCACUGCCAGCCAUGUAGAAAUAUGUAAUAAUUCUCUCACUGAGAGCUCACAGAGAGGGAAAACUAAUACAUAAGAGUCAAACACAGUAUGACUAACUGGAAGUGGGAUGCUACUCAAGUGUUAUUGGGUUCUGACAGUGAAAACAUGUCCGUUUCCUGUGAAAAUGUGAUAAGCACAGUCAUUUCAGUUUUUCUUUUUUUUUUUUCUUCAUAUUUUCACAGAUCUCCUUUAAAUCACUGAGGUGAACACUUUCAUUUGUUUUUAUUUUUUUAUUUUUUAGUACAACUGGUCAUGAAAUAAAAGCACACUUUGUAGUCGUAUAGUGUCAGUCUUGUCCUGACUUGUAGCGCCAUUCACCAGAGCCAGAUGCAUAUACGAUGUCAGUAUCUUCUUUUCCCCUCUUAGUGUAUUCGUUUUCAUGUAUGUACAAGCAACUAUCAUUUUUGGAGGGCAUUUUAUGCUUUUAGUCCAGUGACAGAAAUAGAUUGGGAAUGACUUGCCACAAAGGUCUCCAGCUGGACACGUACUUGGGAUGUUGCUUUACCCUUUGGCCAAAAGGGCUCUGUCAUGUACAAAUGAGUGAAUAACAAUGAAAUGCAACCAUGCGCAGAGGUUCAAAGGAGAAGGAGUUAUUUCAGGCACCCCUGGUUCUAAAAGGAAAAAUCCCCAUUCAUUUUACAAACAGAGAUGCAAUUCGCUGAAUGCUUCUACAGCUUGUAUGUCUUUCAUGGUUAAAUAAAUCAGUACAAAAGAUUAACAUCUGUGUUGGCAAACAUUUGGUUCUUUAGUAAAAAGUUAUAGGUCAAGCCAGACGAUAGCUUGAUCUCAAGUAAAAGAAGUAUUUUUCUUUUGAAUUCUGAUUAAUUUGUGGGUGGAUUUCUAACAAGUCUACCAUAAAAAUAAAGUUCUUUAAAUUUGCUUUUAAAGGUAUAGUAAUCCUUAGUACUGCAGUAAAAGCAAAUCCAGUUUCUAGAGGGACAAAGAGUCUAAAGAGGCUCUCUUAUGGUUUGGGGUAGAAAUGUUUGGAAGUUAGUAAUUUACAAUAGUUGAGUAAUGAGAUCGAAGAUGCAUAACAUUUAGAGGAUGUGCAUGUUGCUUUUUAGAUUCUAAAUUUGUGCAAAAAUGUUGAGCCACCUCAUAUUUCCUAAUGUUUUGCUAGAAAAAUCUCAAAGGGGGGGGCAAUGAUUGAUUUUUUCCUGAUUUUUUUAUUUUUUUUUCCUGGUGUGUCUGGUCAAGUUCUUUUCUACUUUGGCAUACCUCUUUUCUCCCUAUUUUCCUUUCUUAAGAAGGAAUUCACAUCAGUCACCCUUCCAUCGAGACCAUUUGCGAUGAAGAUUCAGUGAACAGUAGAUGGAUCAACUGAAGGACCAUGUGCAAUCUGCUGUAGUUUGCUUUUUAGGCUUGACACUUGUUUUGUCCUCUACUUGUCCAGUUUACAAUUUUUUUUUUUUUUUUUUUUAAAGAACAUAACACACACCCUGCCAAGAUGUGACAUUUUUAGCUAAUAGUUUUUUGGGCAUCACCUUGUUGGUCAGAAAAUAGUAUUUUUUUCAAACUGUUGUAUCUUUGGCAAGAAAUGGUAACAAAUUAUGUUUUGUUGACAGGUUGUUGGUAACAAAUUACCCAAAGAUACAUUUUCAAAUUGAUUAUUUGCUUACUGUUAUGUGUAUGCACAACACUGGUUCAUCCACUGAUUUUGGUUUAUUUGGUGCUUAAAUGAUUUAUAGGUCAGUGCUUUGGCUUAACAAACAAACAAAACAAGACAAAAGAAAUCUGGUGAGGUGCAAGGACGGGACUGAGAAUGAGUGAAGAAACCAGCCAAUGUCCCAAGAAAGAAAACUAAAAGGCCUUAAAGACCUUCAGAAAGCCAGAAGAACUGUUGCAGAAACAAAACUAAUUCAAUGAAAACACACAAGAAAGAAUGGGGGGGGGAAGAAAGAGGCGUGGCUUGAGUCUGAAUGUAAUUUAACUGAAUAUGAAUAUUCUGUUAAAUUUCAUGUUUGCCUUUUUUCCCCAAAUGUGUUUAAUGCUGAAUGUAUAUCUGAAUAUAUCUAUGUCGCAAACGGUAACUGAAAAUAUUUCAUUCCUUAUGAAAAUACAAUAUAAUAAAUGACUCACAAGCUGUUCUUGUUUUGAAAUCAGUUUAGUCCUAAAUUGUUUUUUUUUUUUCCAAGUCUGAU